UUAAGGAAAAAAUAAUAUUUUAAAAAAAAUUUUAUCAUGUGGAGUGAUUUCUUAAAAAAGACUAUUAAUAAUGUAGAACAAUUCAAAUAUGAUGCAAAAGGUUUAUCAAAUAGUUUAUCAUCUGCUUUGGAAAAAUCACCGACAAAAUCACAUCAUAACAGCCCAAGGAAGCUAAUGCAGGAUAGACUUGUGGAAAUCGUCUCAAGUGUUCAAAAUUCUGGACGUUUUUUAGAAAGUCAAUCUCUUAUACAAGAAAAGUUAGAUGUUAUGAGUACUUACUUACAUUCUAUUGGAUUGAGCCAGAAAAAAAAAGAAAAGAAAACUGAAUGGUGUCCAGUUUAUGAAACAGAUGAAAUUACAGAAAAUCGGUGUUCUCUUGUAUUUCCGGCAUCUAUGCCAAAUACUAUUAAAAAGGAAGAGAUUAAUAAUGUAGAUUUAAAAAAAACAGGAAAAAAAAGUUAUAUAAAUACAGGAGAAAGUUCUGUAUCAUCUAAUGAAUUUGUUGGUUUAGAUAUUAUAUCUCUAAAACAUGCAAUAGAUGAAAAAGAUAAAAAAAUACAAAUUUUAUUAGAAGAAGGGGAAGAACUGUCCAAAAAAGAGUUAAAACAUCUUUCAAUUAUUAGAAGUCUUCGUUCUAAAAUAGAAAAGAGUGAAAAGGACGCCAAUGAAAUGAAAAAUAAGACUAAAAAAAUGGAAUCAGAACUAAUAGAUUUAAAGAAAAAGCUAAAAAAUGUAUCAGAAAAUAAUAAAUUACUUUCGAAUCGGUUAAAAGGGAUGUCUGGGAUUGAAAAAGAAUUAGAUCUUCUGAAAAUAGAACAAAUCCGGCUUGAGAAUGAGAAAAAUAAUGAAUUAAAAAACCUGGAAGAUACAACAAUAGCUAUAAAAAAAACAAUGAGUCGUCAACAUUUAGAAGAGCUAGAAAUUGAAAAGUCGAAAUCAUGUUCUUUACUUGAUAAAUUAAAUGAAGCAAAUAUUAAUUUAUCUUUACUAGAAGAAAAAAGCAAAUCAGAAAUUAAUUCUUUAUAUUCUCUUUUAGAAAAUGAAAGAAAAGAUUUUUUUUCUAAAGAGAAAGCUUAUAUUGAAGAAAUAUCUGUUUUAGAAGGAAAAAUUGAAACUUUAAGAUACGAACUAGAAGAAGUAUCUCAUAAUGCGAAUUCUAGUCUUCAUGCUAAUUUGUUACAACAAAACGAAUCAUUACAGACUCAGUAUUUUACUGCUUUUCAAAAUUGGAAUGAGGAAAAAAGCGAUAUGUUAACUAAAAAUGCACUUUUGCAGGAAGAAAAUGAAAAGUAUCUUAAAAUUAUAAACGAAGAAACAUUAAAGUUAAAGAAUAUGAAUGAGAAAAUGGAAAAAUUAGAAAUGACACUAUUUGAUAAUGAAAAUAUUCUUAAAGAUACAAAAUUAUUAAAUGAAAGCCUUGCAAAAAAAGUUUUUAAUCUUGAAGAAACUAUUGUUAAAAUAAAUUCUACCUAUAAAAAUGAAUUGAAGGAGUUAAAAUUAUCAUUUGAAACUCAAUAUAAAGCAGAGGAAAAACCUAAAUUAAUUGACGACGAAAUACCAUUAGUCAAUAAUAAUUUUGAUUUACAAUAUAAAGGUCAUAAUAUUUCAGAGCACAAUGAACUGAAUUCAUCUAUUCUUUCAAAUUCCAUGAAUGAUAUUUCCUAUCAAAGGAGACAUUCUAGCGACUUAAUUAUACAAAAUAUAUCGCCUCAUUUACCGACCAGUUCUGAAAAUUAUAAAAAUGAUAACAAAAAUGAUAACAAUUCUGAUGCUUAUUUUGAUAAUGAAUCCGUUCAAUCUGUUCCUGCAUUACCUAAUCCUCAUUUAUUAAAUUUUUCUGAUAAUGAUACUUUUAUGUCUAAAGUCGGACCAAAUAUUAACAUAAUAUUACAACUUAGUUUAUCAAUUCAAAAACUUAAAAGCCAGUUAUCUAUGAAACGUGAUGAAAUUAAUCAAAUAAUCCAGCAAAGAGAUGAUGCAAGAAAUGAAUGUGUUCAAUUGAUGAUUCAAGUUGAAAAAAAUAAAGAAUUAAAUAAUAAAAUACACAUUUUAGAGGAUAAAUUGAAAGAAUUAAAUGAACGCCAUGAAAAAUGUUUAGAACUCCUUGGAGAAAAAACUGAGAAAGAAGAAGAAUUAAAACAUGAUAUUGCUGAUAUGAAAAAAUUAUAUACUCAACAAAUAGAAGAACUUAUUGCAAAAUUCAAACAUUCUCAAGAACUAAAAUGAAUCUUUAUUGUUUCAAUAAAAUAUAAUAUUAAAUAGCUAAAAUA